AUGGGCGCCCCGCCGCGAGCUGCCGCGGCCGCGGGGCUCCCGCCGCCCCGAGCGCUGCCUCUGCUGCUGCUGCUGCUCCCGCUCCCGCGGCCGCCAGUGGCCGUCGCCUCCGAGGCUGAGCACCGUCUGUUUGAGCGGCUGUUCGAAGAUUACAACGAGAUCAUCCGACCUGUGGCCAACGUGUCUGACCCUGUCAUCAUCCAGUUUGAGGUGUCCAUGUCUCAGCUGGUGAAGGUGGACGAAGUAAACCAGAUCAUGGAGACCAACCUGUGGCUCAAGCAAAUUUGGAACGACUACAAGCUGAAGUGGGACCCCUCUGAGUACGAUGGGGCAGAGUUCAUGCGUGUCCCUGCACAGAAGAUCUGGAAGCCGGACAUUGUGUUGUACAACAAUGCUGUUGGGGACUUCCAGGUGGACGACAAGACCAAAGCUUUACUCAAGUACACAGGGGAGGUGACUUGGAUGCCCCCGGCCAUCUUUAAGAGCUCGUGCAAAAUCGACGUGACCUACUUUCCAUUUGAUUACCAGAACUGCACCAUGAAGUUCGGCUCCUGGUCCUACGACAAGGCAAAGAUUGACCUGGUCCUGAUUGGCUCCUCCAUGAACCUCAAGGAGUACUGGGAGAGUGGCGAGUGGGCCGUCAUCAAAGCCCCUGGCUACAAGCACGACAUCAAGUACAACUGCUGCGAGGAGAUCUACCCCGACAUCACGUACUCGCUCUACAUCCGACGCCUGCCCCUCUUCUACACCAUCAACCUCAUUAUCCCCUGCCUGCUCAUCUCCUUCCUGACCGUGCUGGUCUUCUACCUGCCUUCCGACUGCGGAGAGAAGGUGACCCUCUGCAUCUCAGUCCUCCUCUCCCUGACUGUGUUUCUCCUGGUCAUCACUGAGACAAUCCCCUCCACCUCGCUGGUGAUUCCCCUCAUCGGCGAGUACCUCCUGUUCACCAUGAUUUUCGUGACCCUGUCCAUUGUCAUCACCGUCUUCGUGCUCAACGUGCACUACAGAACCCCCACCACGCACACGAUGCCCGCGUGGGUGAAGACCGUUUUCCUGCACUUGCUUCCCAGGGUCAUGUUCAUGACUCGGCCCGAGAGCAGUGAAGGCCACACCCAGAAGCCAAGGCCCUCCUGCAGUGCUGAGCUCUCAAACCUGAACUGCUUCAGCCACACAGAGUCCAGAGGCUGCAAGGAAGGCUGUCCCUGCCAGGACGGGAUGUGCGGCCACUGCCACCACCGCAGAAUAAAAAUCUCAAAUUUCAGUGCCAACCUCCCGAGAAGCUCCAGUUCUGAGUCUGUCAACGCUGUGCUGUCCCUCUCUGCUCUGUCACCGGAAGUCAAAGAAGCCAUCCAGAGUGUCAAGUAUAUUGCUGAAAAUAUGAAAGCACAAAAUGAAGCCAAAGAGAUUCAAGAUGAUUGGAAGUACGUCGCCAUGGUUAUUGAUCGAAUUUUUCUGUGGGUUUUCAUCCUGGUGUGCAUCCUAGGGACAGCAGGAUUGUUUCUGCAACCUUUGAUGGCAAGGGAUGAUGCUUAAGCACCGAACCGUGUUUGCCAGAGGCUUCCUAGAAUGCGGAGGGAUACUCGUUUGUCACUGCGGUAAAAUACACUUGACCGUGAAAUUUACCAUCUUCAUCGUGCUCAAGCCACAGCUCAGUGGUUAAACAGCCACGCUGCUGUGCAGCCACCACCAUCCAUCUCCAGAGCUCUUCAUCUUGUAAAACCGCAGCUCUGCACACAUUGAACACUAACUCCCCAUCCCCUCCCCACCUGACACGCACAUUUUACUGUUUUGAGUACUUUAAGCACCUCAUAUAAGUGGAAGUACACA